UUCACUUCCGCGUUUUGUUUGGCCGACAUGCAUAAUCUAAUAUAUCGGAAGCGAAAAUCGAUUCUAGCCCGAGAUCGAUAAAUGACGGAGAGCCAGUUUCUUCGGUUAGGAAUAGGGACGAUUAGAACCGGGGCUUAGAAUGGCUAACAACCAAGGGGUUGACCCAAGGAUCUCCGAUCUUGACCUCCGACCAAGGGAGGCGACGAAGGACACAGCAUUACUUGGCAAGACACGGCGCCUCAAUGACUUGACGUGUCUAGAAAUCGUCUUCGUAAUAUUCUCUGUCUUGGGCUUGAUAGCCUGCUUCGUACUAACUGUUAUCAAGGUGAUUGGUUAUACAGGCGAUGAUUUCACGUUUGCAAUUCUCAUCAUUGUGAACACCGCUGUUUGCUUCUAUUAUAUCUUCGAUGGCAUCUUCAGAGAGAGACCGUAUGAAUUAGCCAUCUUCGUCAUUGCCACCACCAUCGUGGUGGUGUACGUCAUAGUCAACUUUGCCGACACAGAAGGAUGGCAUGACACAGUCAAACUUAUCCGAUUCAUCUUUGCGAUUGUCUUUGCUCCAUUCCUGGUCAUCGUUGGCUGCAUCAUCACAAGGGACUAUAAUGAAUCAGGAAACUUGAUAUUCCGUACGGUUGGUGCAAGUGCGGAAUUACAGUCCUGCUGUAAAAUUAUGUUCUUCACCUCAAGCAUCAUCAAGCUGGAUUUUCAAAUUGCGAUGAGUAUGAUAGUUUUAGUCUUACGAAAUGGUCGCAUCAUUGGACAACUGGAGACUAUCACUCUUGCUGUGGGUAUUCCAGUCACUGUCCUCUGGUUGAUAUUAGGAUUCUGGUGUAUGAGAUUUGAAAACAAAAUAGCAACGUGGAUAUUCUGGUUGACAGGGUGGAUGGAACCAGCAUAUGUCAUCUAUAAAAUAGUGCAGGAAGUCCUUCCUCCACCAGAGCAAUCGCCGACACAAACUCCCCAUGAAAGUCAAGCUCUCACAGCAGUCACCUACACAUGUGCCGCAAUAGCCCUGAUAAUACGCAUUGCUGUUGUCAUCCUCAUGAUACUAGUCUAUAGAAAUUAUGGAAAAGGUUUGAAAGAAAAAAUAUUUAAGGAAGGAGGGUCGAUUAAAAGAGAAGAAACUGUGACAUAUUCAAGCUUCAAGGCUAAAGGUUAUGAUUAAAAGACAAGUGGGGAAAAGCAGCCAGCCUGUCAAGAGAAAUGUUGAAGACUCGGCAGUAGCCAGUAACCAAGUUUAGCAAGUGCACAAAGUGGACAAAGUGGACCAGACGAGCCCGAAAAAACCUCAGCACUGCAAGGACCAUUUUGGACAACUUACUACAGAAUGGGUAGUACUGAAAGGUUGCACUAAAUGGUGAAUGGCGGAUGACAAAUGGAGAAUACUGGAGGAUAUUGUGAAAUGAUAACAUGAAUGAUGAACAUGAUAACAAUAACCUGUUAUCAAUGGUGGGGUAGUGCAGUGGUCGUGGGUUUGAAUCUUUGAUUUCUUGGCUUCAAUGGUGAGCUAGUGUAGUGGUCUUGGGUUCGAAUCUUUGACUUUUUGGGUUGUAAGGUUUAUCAAAAUCUGCUGUGCAUUUCACGCGUCUGCAAUAGUAGGCCUAGAGCCACCGAAGAAAACAUCAGUACCUCGCCGUGUUAUCUGUGCAGCUAAUGUGACUGAUGUGAUCAAAACAAGCCACAUACUUGGGGGGGGGGACUAUAGGCAGAAGCAGGGGGGGUUAAAUUGGCCAUCUUCAUGUGACUAAUGUACACCGGGCUCUGGGUCAUGUUGGAUUCAGCACAAAUAUAUUCCUUGUACAAGCGUGAAUAAUUUCGACAUAAUGGGAUAUGCGAGAAACCCUUUCUGGCGACUUUGUAAAACUUUAUCUUGCCUAAUUAGCAGCAGUCUACAGAGUCCCUUUAAGGUUACAAACCAUUUGGUUUCAAUCCAGUCAUAGUAGAACUGCCAGUAGUAACCGGGUCCCCCACCGGCGGCGUGGUGGAGGAAUCCAUAUUGAAUCAUCCCGAGAUCAGGUUUCUCAAAUCAUUUUGAAACUCACAUAAUAUACAUAUACUUCUACGAUUGUUCGAGAAAGUUCAGAGAAAAAUAAUGUACACUAAGGUGUUUUUUGAACAAAUUAACACUACUCGCCAUUUGCCAUUUUUCGGUACUACCUCUACAGAAUAUUGUGUAAUUACAAACACUAGUCGGUGUUGAUAACUCAUUAGGACUGCAUGAAGAGAAGUCAAUGAUUUGGUUGUCAAAGUGUCUGUAUGUACCAUAACUAUUCACAUAUGUAAUGGUGUGUUCACACUGGAUGCGAAUUGAAACCGAAUUCCGUAGAGCGCUCUCCGGAAUACAAAUUGGUUAAUCCAGUUUCAGAACGGUCGCGUCACACUGGCCCGAAUACGCAUUCAAAUCGGUUUAAAACGCGCCACACUCAAUGCGUACUAACGACGCGCCAUCUAUAAAUACAUCAGUUAACUAGUUCGGAGCACUAGUUCCCGCGGUCAAAGGUCACUUUCCAUGCUUUCGAAGAUGGUCGAGGCCUAUCAAUUAGACGAUUGCAUGUUUUUAACUCUCAAGUACAUAUUUGGAGAGGUAUUGAAAAAAUAUUUGUUGUGGCAAGUAUACAUAAUAAAGAAAUUAUUUGAUGAAAAAAUUAAUUUCAAAUUUUGCUAAUUUGGUAAUAGGGGGCGUGUUUUGAGAUUUUUCUGCCAGUUGGCUGAAAAGAGUGGAAAUAUCAAUGUCUGUCUAAUUUGUCGAUUAUAAAAAAAAUUUCCGUGGUCAACUACCAGUUUAUUUUUCACCAUUUACUUGCCCGACUGUCCGGAAUGUCAUAUCAAAAUUUCAGAUUCACAACCCCACGCAGUAUUUGAUGUGUCGCGGUUAAACAUUGACAAUUUAACUGCUAAAAGGCUUAAAAAAUCAAUUGUGGUCUUGUCUCUGAAAACAGGGAUCGCGUAUUAUAAUCGUUUUUGUCUUCAAUUCGUGAGAAUUUUGUUGAUGCAUUUGCAGUUCACCGCACAGAGGCAACAUCGUAGGAUGCGAAGGUUGCAUCAUUUGGGCAGGGUUCGCCGCAGACGCUUUGAACAACGCCAGAAUAACCAGAGACAAAACUUCAUCAUGUUCAUUUUGACACGACAAUGACUGAAUUGAUAGAAGUUUGGCGCGGAGAAUUAACGGAAGAGGAAGUGCGCCGGGCGCAUGCGCAGUGCGAUCGAAAUUCUUAAUUCGUAUCAAGCGCGUCACACUUGAAAUCUCAAUACGGUUUCGUGAUUCGGAUUAGCUGAUUCGCAUUCAAUUCGGUUUAAGAACCGUGUUGGUUAAAGCGGAUUGAGAUCGGUAUGAACCGAAUUGAGUGUAACGCCCCAAUACGUAUCAACGUUUUAAUUCGAAUUCAAUUCGUGUUAAAACCCCAGUGUGACCACGGCAUAAGUUACGCAUGCAAAGAAUGUGAUUAAUUUUGUUUAUAUGUUUAUACCCAAGGUGCUCGAAUAACUGCGAUAAUAAUCAUGGUCACUAUCAUGGAAUGUAGCAAGGAACUGAUGAUUGUUUCCAUGUAGCCGCUCAAAUACCAGAAUGAAUCUUUAGUGCUGUCCUGGGCAUGCAAAGCAACACCCGGUUACCAAGAGAUGAUCUGGUAUCAUUUUUUCACGACUAUUUUUAUUUAUUCAAGAUUGUGGAAUUUGACAGGCGAAGUUGUAUUCCUUGUUGUGAAGCAUGAUAAUAAAAAAAUGCUACUGAAAUCAAUGAAUCCAUUACUUUCUUUUGCUUGAGGUACAGUUCUUCAAUAAAGUAAAUGUCCACCAUUUUUUAAAAAUAUCACAGAGAUAAAAUAAGAUAUUUGAAUGUGGUUUUCAGCAGAGUAUGGUAUAUUCAGUUGGUCAUAUGUCUGUUACAUUUGGAGGCACCUAAUGCCAUCCCUUCAUUAUGUAACAAACAUUCCAAAAA